AUGGCCUCUCCCCGCCCCGACUACCGCAUCUGCGAGUACGCCGCCAGCGAGCUCGAUGAGACGCCCGCCUGGCUCUCCCUCAAGCUGCGCCUGCACGCGCGCAUCCUCACCAUCUCCGUCCAGGAGGCGCGCUUCUUGAACUCCCCCGCCUGCCUGCGCGAGUUCCGUGCCUACGUAGCUGCCGUCAACGCCGACCUUGCCGGCGCCGGCCGCGACAGCGUGGACGACUGCUUCGCCUGGGCCGCCGCGCCGUUUCUCCCCGCCUUUGCGGAGCUCGCACCCAAGCCGGUGCUCGCUGCCAGCGGGGCCGCUCCGGUCGUGACGCUCGCGGACGUUCUCGGCCUGCCCAAGUACGAGUGCGCGCUCGGCGCCGUGGACGACCGGCUGGAUCCCGGACCCAUCACCGUCGUCGCGGGCACCGAGCACUCGGAAGACUUGGUCCCGGACAACUUGCCGCCCGUGUCCGACACCUCCCUCGCGUUCCCACUUUCCGAGGUCGAGCUCAUCACCGAGGACGGCUGCGACCCCUACGAUGAGGACCCGCGGCGCGUGCGCGUCCGCGGCCAAGAGUGCCUCUUCGAACCCACCUCCGGCUUCGGCGACGACUUCGCCGCUCAGCUGAUCGGCACCUACGAGCGCCUCGCCCACGCCGCCCUCCCGCCCUCCGCGCGCGUCUCACAGCUCUUCGGCGUCGUACAGGACCCCGGCCACCCUGUCGCCGGCAUCCUGCUGCACCCCAUCGCCGGGGGCGUGUCCCUGGAAGAUGCGCUAGCCGCGCUAGAUGCGCUGACGCCGGAGAAGGAGGCAGAGGCGCGGGUGCGCUGGGCCGGGCAGUUGAGCAGCACGCUGGCGGCGCUGCACGAGCGCGGGCUGGUCUGGGGCGACGCGUGGGCGGGCAACGUCACGGUGGACGCGCGCGGGGACGCCUGGAUCGUGGACUUUGCGGGCGGCCGCACGGACGGAUGGGUGAGCGAGGAGCUGGCGGGGACGGCGGAGGGGGAUCUUGAGGGGCUGGGGAAGAUUGUGCACUUUAUCAACAAGGGGGAGGAGCCUGGGGUUGGAGAGGAGGAGUAG